AUGGCGACAGUGAAACUGUCGUCAGUAAUUUGGCGCCGGUUUGAGGAAGAAACAGAAGGUAUUGAAUGGAAAGGCACCCACAAAACAACAAAAGCUGAGAGGGAGAAACUUGCGGACUUGUACGAAUACAAAGAGCAUGUGAUGUAUGACGAAGACGAGCCGGAGAGAUGGGCAGCGGGAUCAGACCGCUACGACAUAAAGGCAAUCCCUUUUAAAGUUGGUGUGAGUCCACAUGCGGGAAUCACUCGUACAGAUGAGCGUCUAGCCGACAAGCAUAUCAACUUGAUCCCUUCAUUCGAUUUUAUCUACGAGUGUCCGCUGGUCCGUGAUUUCUGUAACAGCCACAACUACGAUCGAAAAGUUGCCCGCGAUUUUCUGCGCAUCAGCUUCGACCACCGCAUUCCAGACGUUGCUGUUCAGCGAAUUCUCACUGAAGGAAUUCUCUGUAGAGAUCCUCACAACAGGAACGAAAUAUGUCUCUACCGCUUUUUCGCGUACACUCCAUCUCAAAGUCGCCAGCGCAGUUGCACCUUGGUCAACUAUGAUGCCCAUUUUUGGAGAAGCUCAAAGCUCGAGGGCGUUGAGGGAUACGCCGACUUUAAAGCGCGGCUCGAUGCUACUGACGACAUAGAAGACAAACUUGAAAGAGUUGAUGAACGAAGACGCAUCAUAAAAGACGGCGUUAAACUUGUCUGGAAAUAUUUUGGCAAUUUCGACAAAAUUAGCAUCGUAGCCAAGUACGCCGCUCGGGUUGGGCUGCUUAUGUCACCGACUAGAUGCUGUGUUUCGAUUCCGGACUCGAAAUGGACGAGAGAAAGAGAUAUCUUGGGCGGACCUGGCAAUCGCUACGAGUUUACGGACGGUUGCGGACGAAUGUCAGCUCAUUUAGCGCAAUUAUUCGUAGACAAGCUAAACAUUCAAUACCGAUACAAUCAUCAAAGAUAUAAGAUUCCGUCCGUGCUACAAUUUCGAAUGAUGGGCUGCAAAGGCAUCCUUGUGCAUGACCCCGCUCUUGAUGAAAAGGGCCAGCCUUGGGUAGUAUUGAGGGACUCGCAGUGGAAAUUUGAUUGGAACAUGGAAACCUGCAAAUUUGGCGAGUUCUCCGAAGCCGGUGAGCCUUGCCGAGUCAUCGGAACGUGCACUAAUGGCGAGUCGCGCCCCUUCUCGUUUGGAAAGCUCAACAAGCAGUACGUGGUUUUGCUCGACGCGUUGGGAAUUGAAACCACAACAUUCAUGGAAAUCCAGAAAUUACACUUUGAGCGACUCCGCUCUUGUCUUGAUGAUAGACAGGCUGCCUUCGAAAUCCUCACAGCUCAGAACAAAAUGGAGGAAGCUGACAUGAUGACCGAUUUGGAUGUUCAACAGGCGUUGCCAAAUGAAUGCGACAGCCUUCUCAGGAAGUUUCGUAGGCCUGUAUUCGACCUACCUUCCGCGAAACCUGAUCAAACUGAGGAGAAAAACAUUGCGAAUUCCGCAUUUUACAUCCCUGUUGCCAAGUCAAGAAAUAUCUACGGCGUCGCGGAUUAUACUGGCAAACUGAAAAGAGGCGAAUGCUUCGUCCAAGUGACCGAUCUUCAUCCCGAAGCUGGUGAAGCUUUCAGCAACAAAAAGUGUACAUCCUAUAAUGACCUGACAGUUGUUCCGUUGAGAGAUGGAAUGGAAGUGCUCGUUAACAAAUGUCCGACUUAUUUCGCUGGCGAUUUUCGAAUUUUAACAAACCGCUAUAUUCCUGAGCUUUCACAUUUAAUCGACGUUAUUGUUUUUCCUGUUGCCGGUGAUCAUGCACCAGGAUUAGAGCGCCCACAUCCACAUGAAAUGCACGAAAGUGACCUGGACGGGGAUGAAUAUUUCGUGUGCUGGGAUGAAGACCUUAUACCUCUCGCAACAAUGGACCCUCAUCCACCCCCGACUAAAUCCAUCAUUAAAAACGAUGUCGAGAUAACACUUGAUGACCUUGUGAAAGAAUUCUCUCACGUUGAUCAUUUGGUCGGCCAGAUCAACAACCUUUUUAUGAAAUGGGCGGAUUUAAAAGGAGCGCUCUCUGAUGAAUGCCAACAACUAGCAAUUAUGUUCAAUCAAUCAGUAGACCAGGCAAAACACGGAGGAUCAGUGGAUGUUAGCGACCACUUGCGAUCUUGUCGCGACAAGGAAUCAGAAAACCCCAGGAUUCAAUCGUUAAUGGUAGCCGAAAUAAAAAAGCAGCCAUUCAAGGCGACUUUGGAGCAAAUGCAGAGAUACCGCAACUUGAACAGUGGGCAUCGAAGAAUACAUGAGAAUGCGAGGUACUAUUUCGUUGAUGUCAACAGCGGGCAAAAGCUGUCAGAUGUUCUACGGUUCGAAAAGAACACCGACGGAGUUUAUGUUCCCACAAGCGAAAAGAAACUGGAAUUUCCAGUGCUAGAUUUUGAACACGAAAAGGUGCUUUACGUCGAUUGGCUUUACGUUGGCGAGGUUGAAAUACCUCCUCAUCUCGUGGAGCUUUACGGACACUACAAAGUUGAUGAAAACGACCAACUUUACAAGGACUUAACGUUCGGUCAUGGCGAAGAGGUUCCAGGCUCAAUAGGCGACGCAAUUUUCAAGCAAUAUCGACGUGAAGCUAAACAGUACAACCUCGAUUACGAAUACGGUGAUUCCCGCGAAUUGAUUCCAGCGCAAAGAAAGGAAGAUCGAAGACAGCGAAGAGAACGCAACAAAAGCCAUUUGCCGAUGCGAGCAAUAGACCCCACUGACGAUGAGUUAAACGUCUUCGACGACGAAAGCUCUGACGACGACGAUGAAGUGUUUGAAGCAUUUGGCAAAGGGGAAGAGGAAGCUGAGAAACAUCAUGAUAAAAUAAAAUCAGAUGACGAGAAGCCUGACAAUUUACCAUCAAGGGAAUCUACCACACUCGCUGAAGUCUCGAAAAAGCCCACUUAUAAGUUGUCAGAAAUGCCAACCAUCGAAAAAUUAGAGAAGCCCACUGUCGAAGAGAUUUUUUGGGAGUCCACUGAUGGCAAAAGGGGCUCUCUUGAUCAGAAAAAGGUGACGAUGGAAAGUCAAUCGGAGACAGAUGAGAACGUCUGUCAACGAAAUGUGCAAUUCAAUCCCUUCGAGGGUGAGUCUGACGAAUUUAAACGGACCAAGCGGGUGAUUACACGUAACAAUGGAUUCGUCUCUCUGCAACCAACAUCCACUUAUCACAUCGAUAGCUCAGCUGUACCCUAUCAAGAGAACAUGGGCUGGUGCUACCAACAAAGAAGUGACUGGGGGUACAACCAAGCAUACGAAUAUCACCAAUCUCGACCGUCUCGACCAUAUUACUCGUCUUACAGGCCUGCUGGGCCUACGAAUUUUAAGAUGAACUCUAACCCAAUGGACUGCCUUGAUGAUGAUUCUGACUCUCCGCCGAAUACUCCAGUUCUGCGCAAGAUCACCAUGAAAAACCCGUCGGCUUGGAGGAAAAGUCUUACUGUAUCAGUAGUACAGAAAGAUAAGAACGAUAAUUCCAUCCAAACGAACGAGGAGGAAAUUAAUGAAAAAGAUGUUACCAAAACCAAGCCUGAUAUCUGCGCCGUCGAGCCAUCGCUAAAGAAAGAAGUUUCGGGAUCUUCGGAGAACAAGGCGAUCGAUCUAGACUCGUCUUCAGGCAAAAAUUUCAGUAACACAAGCCCAGGAAUCGUCUCUGUAGAGAGUCAAGAGACUCCGGAAGUCUCCAAAGAAGAAAGCGCUGAAGUUUCCAAAGUUUUGCAAGCGAGCGUCUCUUCGGAUGAGAGUUCAAGUGAUGAAAGUGAAAUGAAUCGCCAGUUCCAAGCGAUUCUAAUGAUCGCACAACAGAAACAGAAAAAGUUCAAACAGCAGAAGGCAAUUUCAGAUGAUUUCGACUGUGCAGCCUCAUCAGAUCACGACUCAGCAUUUUCAGUUGAAUCAUACGAAGACCCGAAUGAUGGCGAGUGGGUCGAGCCUCCGAGCUAUGAAAGUAAUCAGCGGCGACCUAAAAUAGAAGACAUACAACAGCCCAUCUCUGGUGGACAAUUCUCAUUAGAUCAGGAGAAGAUGAUUGUUUCGACCCUUUUUGCUCUUCAGCGGUCAGCAACAGCUAGUCAAAUCGUCAAUAUGAUGAAAAAACUGAGUGGAGUGGAUCUUGGUACGACGAAAGAGGUCGAUCAAAAACUUAGUGAGUCAAGGACGAUCGUCAAGAGCAACGGUACCAAUGCGAAAGGUGAGACCAUUUGGACCUCGGUCACUAAGAAGGAUACCGCCCACAUCGAUAGAUUGUUGGACCAGGAGAAUUCGCGAAAGAAAAAGAAAUUUUCUAAGAACAAAAAAGUUUGGGGAGAAUGCUUCAAUGACUUCUCCCUUCAAACUCUUCAUGAGACGGAAACAAACCCGGAGAGGAGGAAGUUCACGACUUCUUUGAAAAACUCCGAAUCUACCCGGGAUACAAGAAAUGCUGGUCAAUCAAACUUUCCACUGUGGCUUGGCCCAUAUGUUUGCGAUCGCAUGGAAACUAGUGCUUCUCCGCCAGCAGAGAAAGUGGAAAAACCUGACGCAUUUGAUGAUUUAUGGAUAAAACCAAAAUUAUCAAAGAAGCAAAAUGCUGCCCACAAAAAAGCUCAGAAGAAAGCAUACGGUAUGAUAUCAAUUAUUUUUCUUCCGUUUCUAAAAAAAGUAGAAGUUAACUUCGAUGCGCAGCUUCGCGAUGCGAAAGAAGCAUUGCGUCGAAGAAUGACGAGCGAAAAGAGCUCUCAAAGCGAUCAAGAGCAUGGCACAAAAACUUUUGGAAAAAAAGAAAAACGAACGACAGAAAUGACGAAUCAUAUUUCGACAGUUAAUGGUUCGCGAAGUUCGGAGAUGAAGAGUUGUAGCGUGGUCUCGCCGAAGACAACGAGGAAAUUCCCAGUAAGAUCCUCCGACGAAGAAGAUUGCGGAAGACCAGAGAGGUUUCCUAAGAAUGAAAAGAGCGAGCGAUACUACAGGUCGACAUGGAAUUUAGCAAAGCAUGAGGCUGGAUCGAGAACAAAGCUUUUUGAUAUAAAGCGACAUUUGAUGUCAAAUAGUCUGGACGACGCAAAUCGCAAACCUCAACCAACGAAUACACAGAAAAAGAAUCAGCAGCUCUCUACGUCACGCUUUAGUGCAGAAAACGACAUUCCAGAAAAAAAGCCCAAGCCCAGUCGCGGCAUUCGUCAUCUGAAUAGUCUUCAAAAUAUGGCGCUUGACUUUGACGAGGACUGGGACCUAGUUACGACUGGUCAAUCGAGUGGACCGUUGCUUUCUGAAGAUAAAACGAAAAAGCCCUGGGACAUUGGUGACGACUUAAAGAACCUUUAUCGAGACGUCAUAAGUGCGGCAACUACCACUGCCGCUCCGACGCUCACGGAAGAACAGCUGAAUGCAGGAUGUGAAGCAAUCAUUUUGCCGAAAAAUGAGACGGCUCAUAUCACCCCGGAGAACCAAGCACUGAAAAAAAUAAUCGAUUUUAUCUUGUACGAAACCGAAAUGGAACAACGAUCAGCAACUUACAUUCGAGAUGCCUUCAAACAAGCUAAAAACAAGUAUUACGGCAAAAAACAAAAAAAGACUAAGCGUGACGCCCAUAAUACGAUCAUCAGUUUCUAUGAGCAAAUGUAUCGAUACCACUGGGUCGAUGGGCGGUCCUCAAGCGUCGAUGGUUUGCUUGCAUUACGUUUGACUGGAACUCUUCUACGAGUCAUCGAGAAAGAUGGACAUCUGAAUAAAAAUGACGCUGGAGAAAUCAGAAAAACACUCAUCAAGAGAGCGACGAAAAAACUUCGAGCUGACCUUUUCGAUCGAUCCUGUGAGAAAUACUGCUUCGUACUGAAAAUUUUUGUUCUUAGCUAA